CUUAAGUCUUUUAGUUAAGCGGUUCUUAUUAUACGACCCAAAGAACAACAAUGAAAGCUACAAUUCUAACGAUAUUCACUAUCGCGAUUGUGAUGUUAAGUGAAUCAAAUGCGAGUGAGAAAAAAGGAACAAAAGCGAAAAAACGAAAUGUAAUUGUAACCAACAAUCCUUUGUGUACAAGUAUAGCAAAACAAUUAGUCUCAAAAGGUGGAAAUGCACGGGAAGUAUUUAUAGCUGUUUCAUUAUGUGAAGGAAUGGUUCAUCCUAUGGAUUCUGGUUUAGGGGGUGGAUUCCAAGCUGUGUAUUACAGUAAAAGUAAAGGAAAGAAAACAGCAUUAUAUAUAAACUCUAGAGAACAAUCUCCAAGUAAUGCAUCAUUUGCGGAUUACGAGUUAAUCGGAGGAAAUUCAGUUGGAAUUCCAAGUAUGCUGAAAGGCUACGAAACAUUGUACAAUUUGGAUAAGGAAAAUAAUAAAUUAAAAUGGAGUGAAAUAAUUGCACCAGUUAUAAAAUUAUGCGAUACAGGUUUCGACAUGUCUAAAACAACUCAUGAAGCAUUUAAAAGUAUUCAAAACGUUUCACAUGUUUGGGAUAAAAUCAUUAAUGUUAAUAUGGCAACGAAAACAUGUAAAAAUCGAUUAUUUUGUAAGUUGUUACGACAAAUUAGUGAAGAUGGACCAUCAUCGUCGAUGUAUAAAAAGGGUGGGAAGUUACAUAAACUGGUGAUGGAAGAUUUAAGUGAAACUACUUCAUUUAUCACAUCGAAAGAUAUACGAAAUUAUAAAGUGAAAGUAAAAAAACCUGCAACUGGUAAAUUUGGCAAGUAUACAGUUUAUACAACCAGAGUUCCAGGAAGUGGUUACUCAGUAUUAUUAGCAUUAAAAAUGAUGGAACGAGUAAAGGCUUUAAUGAAAAAAGAUGCAACGCAAACUGAAAAAAUUGUAUAUUUAUUAAAAAUCCUCAAAUAUACGUAUGCGUUCCAACCACAUAUCCGGGAAUUAAGAAAUGCAACAAUCCAUAAAAUUAUUAACAAAGCAGGAAAAAUAUUAGGAACCGGAAUUGUUAAAAAUGGUAUCGAUAUAAGUUCAACAAUCCCCCGGAAAUUUGGUGAUGUGAAGUUAGCACGAAUGAUAUCACCAUUAGAUUUUGGUACAACAAAUGUAGUCAUUAAAAUUGGCCAUACUGCGAUAUCUGCCACAAGUACAAUUAAUCAUACAUUUGGAUCGGGUAUUUUAUCAAAAACGAUGGGAUUCUUUUAUAAUAAUCAAAUGCGCGAUUUUAGUGAUGCAAAUUGGAGACGUAAAGGAAAACCAUUACGGAAUGCACCAGGUCCGAAUAAAGUACCAAGUUCAAAGAUUUCCGGUACAAUAAUGGUUGAUGAAGAUGGUAAACCCGUUUUUCAAAUUGGUGCCGCAGGAGGUGGUAAAAUUUUAAGUGCAAUUGUUAAUACAUUGUAUAAUUAUUUUGUAUUGAAUUAUUCAUUGGAGAAGGCUGUACAAACGUGCCGAUUUAUGCCUAAAUUUAAUUAUCAUAAGAAUCAUGUUACAUAUAUGUAUGAAUGUAUGCGCGAGGAAGAUGUUGCAAAUCAAUUACGCGCAAAAGGUGUUGAUUUCCAGUUAGUUGUUGAGUCUGGAUAUUCAGCAGCAACUGCAUUAUCACAAAUUCGUUCAAAAUCAGAAGCUGCAUACGAUAAACGUCGAGGUGGUAAAGCAUUAUUAAGUUAACCACUUUAAACGUAUUUAUUUCUAAGUAGGGAAGGUGGUGAUAUCCAUUUGAUCUCAAUCAAACGAAAUUUUUCAUUCAAAUUUAUUUGUGGUUGAUCAAUGAACUAUUAACAAAAUAGUCUGAUGGGUAAUCGACUAACUUUAAAGUUUAGGUUCUAAUAAACAUUUUAUCCUUUACUUAACUUGCAAUUUAAGAGAUGUGUUGCCACGAUCGA